AUGGCUGCCUCCGACGGCGCUUCCUCGAUCAGCGUUGCAGUCAGAGUCCGCCCUUUUACUAUCAGGGAGGCAGCCCAGAUCACACGAUGUGACGAGGGUCCUCUGUUCCUCGGCGACGGUUCCCUCGCGGGUGCGCCGACACCGAAGCUUAACCAGAAGGGUAUACGAUCUAUCGUUAAAGUAAUUGACGACCGCUGCUUGGUGUUUGACCCCCCAGAGGACAAUCCUGUCCAAAAGUUCUCUAGGAGCGUGGUACCAAAUGGUAAGCGUGUCAAGGACCAGACCUUCGCCUUCGAUCGCGUCUUCGACCAAAAUGCCUCCCAGGGAGAGGUAUACGAAUCUACAACACGCAGCCUGCUCGACAACGUGCUCGAUGGAUACAAUGCAACGGUAUUUGCGUAUGGAGCUACUGGAUGUGGAAAGACCCAUACAAUCACCGGGACUGCCCAACAGCCCGGCAUCAUCUUUCUGACUAUGCAGGAGCUGUUUGAGCGGAUUGACGAACGAGCGAGUGAAAAGUCGACCGAAAUUUCUCUCUCCUACCUCGAGAUCUAUAACGAAACCAUUCGUGACUUGCUUGUCCCUAGUGGUAGCAGUGGAAAGGGUGGAUUGAUGCUGCGGGAGGAUUCCAACCAGUCAGUGUCAGUUGCUGGGCUGUCAAGUUACCACCCGCACAAUGUGGGUGAGGUAAUGGACAUGAUCAUGCAAGGAAAUGAACGCCGCACCAUGUCUCCUACCGCAGCAAAUGCUACUUCAUCCCGAUCGCAUGCCGUCCUUCAAAUCAACAUCGCGCAGAAAGAUCGAAAUGCGGACGUCAACGAGCCUCACACAAUGGCGACUUUCAGUAUCAUCGACUUGGCGGGAAGUGAGCGUGCCAGCGCGACACAGAACAGAGGAGAGCGUUUGUUCGAAGGCGCCAAUAUCAACAAGUCUCUGUUGUCCCUGGGAAGCUGCAUCAAUGCACUUUGCGACCCGCGGAAGCGCAACCACAUCCCCUACCGUAACUCAAAGCUCACUCGGUUACUCAAGUUUGCUCUUGGUGGCAAUUGCAAGACAGUCAUGAUUGUCUGCGUCAGUCCCUCAAGCCAGCACUUUGAUGAGACCCAAAAUACUCUUCGAUAUGCGAAUCGAGCGAAGAACAUCCAGACCAAGGUGACACGGAAUGUCUUCAACGUUAAUCGACACGUGAAAGACUUUUUGGUCAAGAUUGAUGAGCAGAUGAAUUUGAUCAAUGAGCUCAAAGCCCAAGCAAAGGACUAUGAAAAGGUGGCCUUUGCUAAAUUCCGCAAGCAGGGUGAGAAGAAAGACGCUGUUUUGCGCGAGGGUGUUGCCCGGGUUCGCAAUGCUUACGAACACACGUUGCCCGAGAGGCAAGAGAGAACCAACAACAUGCUGAAACUACGACAAAUUGGCCGCAGAAUUGGCAUUUUAUCGUCUUGGAUUGCAGCUUUUGAUAAUGUUUGCGCCGCGCGUGAAAAUGAGGAGGGAUUAUCGAACCUUUAUGCCGUUCGCAAAUCUGCGCAGGGAAUCCUCCUUGAACUGGAAGGUAGCAGGCAUCAUUACAACCAGAAAUUAUCAAAAAGUACCUGGGACCGAGCGGUGACCUCGGCGGUCGACAACUCGGCAAAGCAGCUUCAAGAGUUUGAUAUUACGGAUAACAGCGAUUACGCCAAUUUGAACCGAGAAGCAGAUCUUCUUCGGUCAAAUGCGGAGCGCGAAGCAUUGACAGCUGUGAUAGAACAGGACAAGGCCGGGGAAGCUGCUGCUGUACAGCUUCUGUUGCAAGCACAGUUCGAGAUGAUGAGCUCCAUCGAGGAUAUAAUGCAGCUAAACGCAAACGAGGCUAUUAAAAAGGGCCGGACGAUCCUUACAAAGAUGUUAGAGGAUUGUUCAGAUGCAGCAACAAACCUCGUCAAACCAGAUGGCACCAUGCCGUCUGUCCCGAACAGCAGCUCUGCCAAGCCUGCAAGCCCCACGAAAACAAAGAAACGCUUCAGCUUGGUGAACUUGCCACCAGCAUCGACUGCCAACCCUCCAGUCACAUUCACCACUGCUGCUCCACCUUCACCAACUAAAGGCUCUCCACGUCGCCGUAAAGGCGCCGCUGGCCGGAAGAGCGUCAGCUUUACGCCAAAGAAAAUCCAGGUAAAGGUUCCCAAACGAUCCGUCCGAUGGAAGGACGAUGAGGAAGAGGGCACUUUGACCGAGUUCCAAAAGACUCCCAAGAAGGUCGACUCUGCCGAGGAAGGCAGCUUUGAAGAGUCAUGGUUGCCACCUCGAUCGGGAUCUCCCAUUCCACGAAAUAUCCCGAGGGCUGUAAGCCCAUCGGGUUCAAUCUCUUCCAAUCCUGAUGAGCCUGCCGAAUCCGCCGGGCCUACCUUGAACGUUCAAAAGAACAACAGUCGCUUUAAGGCAGGAUUUCUGACCAAGAGAAAUGGCAGCUCAUCGUUGGCACCACCACCGUCAUCCAGCCUUCCUCUUUCAAGAAGAGAGAGCUCCCCGCUUCGUGAUAUUGAAGGAAGCAGCUUUAUGAACCGCACCUCGACAGACCGUCCAUCACGGAUUGCUGUUCGUAGUCCCAGCGGGAACUUCUCGAGCAGUCCGGUAUCUGAAAACAGGGACAACUGGAAGUCGGACAAGGAAGAAGCAAUCAAGAUCAAUUCAGCCAUGCGACGUAUGUCUAGUGGGCGGAUUACUAGUGGACAGUUUAGCACUCAAUCCUCCAAUGCCCUGCGAGUUCACCGUCGUCGCAGCCCGACUUCCAAUACCUACGGAACCCCGCCAGGAGACAACCAUAUGUUCACCGCAUCACAAGCGCGGCGCAUGGUCAAGAGCGAGAGAGAACAUGAUGCCAAGCCUCGGGUCCUGAGUCCUCAUACUCUCCCAGUCAUGAAGCACACGGGACGCCGCACCACUUUGGGCGGAGAUGGUCGACCUCGAAAUAUCAGCCUAUCCAGCAGAGACGCUAUCCGUCUUAGUGCUAUGGCAGCACCCCCUGCUGACCACAACUCACAAGCGUGCACCCUGUACGGCCCCUUUCACUGCCGAACCCCCGACUAUCCCCACUUAUCAAGUACGUCUCCACCACCAGAAUUUCAGAUGACUUUCGCCGCUCCGGUCGCCUCGAACCUUUUCUCACGUUUCUUCCGUUCUUUUUCCACCAGCUCGGCUUUUUCCCUGACCCCAGAAACACAAUCCCGCAGAAUGUCAGGCACAGAGACCGCGACCGUAGCAGCCGGCUGCUUCUGGGGUGUUGAGCACUUGUAUCGCAAGAAUUUCGGCAAUGGCAAAGGUCUCCUCGACGCCAAGGUGGGCUACUGCGGUGGCGCAGUUUCGUCACCAUCCUACCGAGCUGUCUGCUCUGGUACAACUGGCCGUAAGUGCUGCAACAAUAACGCGGAGUUCCUCCAAAUACUAAUUUAUUUUUGCCCCACCACAGACGCCGAGGCCCUCCGCAUAGUCUUUGAUCCUUCAAUUGUCACCUACCGCCAGCUCCUCGAAUUCUUCUACCGCAUGCACGACCCCACAACAGAAAACCGACAGGGUCCGGAUGUUGGCACACAAUACCGCAGUGCGAUCUUUACGCACGGGGAAGAGCAGCAGAAGAUCGCGGAGGAUAUCACAGACAAAGUCAGCAAGCAAUGGUAUAAAACACUGCUUUCUACCAAGGUCCUGCCGGCAGGGCAAUGGUGGGAUGCGGAGGAAUAUCACCAGCUGUAUCUUCAGAAUAACCCUGCUGGGUAUGAGUGUCCUGCUCAGUAUGUGUCCCUGCCCUUCCCAGUUCCAUUUGAUCAGGAUGCUAACUUCUUGCUUUUUAGCUUUAUCCGACCUUUCCCUCCUUUGUCGGAUUGA